UUUUCGAACACUAUCUCACACAUGUGAGCAAAAAAUAACAAACACCAAAAAUGUUACAACCUUCCCGGCAGCAAAUUUUGCGUUUGUACAAACAUUUAAUUCGUUACGGCAAUCAUUUAAAACUGACCGACAAGAACUACUUUCUGGGAAGAGUUCGACACGAGUUCCGGGACAACCGAUCCCUUACAAACCCGGUGGACGUAGAGUUCAGUUUUAAGCGCGGGGAGACCUUAUUGAAGAAGGGACGCAUUCUGUAGGUAUGCUGCGCGGUCUGGUACGGUUCCUGGCGCUUCCUCCGCCCGCUGUGCGCUGCAAAUCCACUGCCAAUCU